AUGCCUGCAGUGUACAUUAGAGAAGUGACACCUCAAGAUAUGCAGCUCAAGGACGAAAUUAAGCAAGUCGUCAAUGCUGCGUACCGCUCUGAGGGUGGCUGGACCACCGAGUCAAAAAUUGUUGCAGGCGAACGAGCCACCAUGGAAGAAAUAGAGAAGGCUAUCCAAUGCAACCGUGCACCCAAUAUCUUACUACUUGCCUUCAUGUCCGAUGAGGUAGUUGGUACAGUACAAGUACAGCACAAUGAAGGUGAUGACGAAGCUGAAAUUGGGUUGUUCAGCGUUAGUCCCAAGCGUCAAUCUGGAGGAAUCGGUGGUAAACUGAUUAGAGAGGCCCUCCGAAUGAUCAAAGAGGACCUUCACUACAAGCACGCCUGCGUUCAUGUUCUUGAGAACCGAACCGACAUUCUCGCCUGGUACCGCAAACUCGGCUUUAAAGAGACGGGUGAAAGAGUUGCUUUUGUAUGGCCUGAAAAGCUUUUAGUGAGCGAUCUUCACUUUCUGACGCUGAAGAUGGAAUUAUAG